AUGUCUGCCACGCAUAGAACUCGUUCCUCUGCCAUGCGCCGCGUUGCGCCUCCAUGGCCGCUGCGCGCCGAUGCAGCAGCGCGACUUCUCCUUUGCGCGGCCCUCGCGCUCACUGCCACCGCCGAUUGCUCCGUCUCUUCCGCCAACCACCCACUGCUACGGCCACAAGCCCCGCGUCGCCCAAAUCAGCGCGUGCCAUCUCCCCUUGCGCGGCCCAUCCGCGCCCAGGGCUCGCUCUUCAAGCUCGACGCCGCCGCCGCGGCCGCCGAUUUCGAGGUGACCGGCGACAGCGAUGCCGCAAAGCCCGUGUCUCUGGAGGCGUCGCAACUGAGCGCGGUGGUGCAGGUGCAGCAGGCGUGGGGCGCGUGGGCGGGCAACAGCAACGACACCACUGCUUGCUCUGCGUGGCCUGGCGUGACAGGAGGGGUAGGGGAAAAGUGGGGAGGCGGGGCAGUGGGAGGGGAUGGGUGGGGGAGUGGUGUGGACGGAUGGGAGCAUGGCGUGGUUGUGUGCGUGUGGUGGGUGGCACUGGCAGGGAUUCAAAGGCCGUGGCAGUGGAUGGCAGUGCUGCCAUACCUGACUCCAUCACCAAUCUCGCCGCCCUCCAAUACCUGUCCGUCCCCGCCCACCCUCAACGCCCGCCACUCCAUGCACUGCAAUGCAUGCACCACGGCACCACGCAUUCGCCAUGCUCCACCUUCCGCUGCACAGUCUCUCCUGUUCGUGCCCUCGACGGCCGUGCUUGCUAGAGUUUCCCCCAUCUCGCCCCCCCACUCGCUUGAUAAGCCACACCCGACUACCCCUGCUCACUGCCCUUGCACGCUUCAACUCUGCAUCAGUUGGUGCAGCAGCUGUGAUGUGAUUAGCACCGAGGCAUCGCUCUGCACGCCUCAUUCUGCCUCCCCUCUGCCUUCACUUCACUCUUGCGUCCUACGUGCCCAUGCCCACAGCGAUCUGACAAACGUUCAGCUGGUGGGGCCCAUCCCAUCCCUCGCCACUCUCACCAGCCUCACCCUCCUAGCCAUAGGAGCAGACGAAAGCCAGCUGAGUGGCACUCUUGAGGGACUGGCGUGGAUCUCAUCCCUCUCCAACCUACACAUGCUGAGUCUAGUUGGCUUGUCGGAAUUCGUAGGGGACUUGUCCUCUCUGCACGUUCUCUCUCACCUGGAAAAGCUUCAAAGCCUGACACUCAGCGCGCUCUCUAAUGCCACGGGGGAGAUACCCAGGGAGAUCCGAUACCUCACGGCCCUCACUGCACUUGAUUUGUCGUUCCUUCGGGCCUUGGAAUUUCCUGACUGGGUGACUCACCUCGCCACCCUUCAGUAUCUCAACGUGAACGCGGACGAGCCGCGGCGGCAGGGGUUGUUGUCAGAUGACAUCUCACACCUCACAGCGCUCACCUCCCUAUCCCUCUUUGGCAACAACCUGGAGGGCUACGUGCCUAAGACCUGCUCCUCUCUCCUCAACCUGCAAUACCUCGCUUUGAGUUUCAACCAUCUCCAAGGCACCAUCCCCGCCACCCUCUCUGCCCUAUCAGCCCUCACUGCAAUAGAUCUCUCAUGGAAUCAUCUGUCUGGUUCCAUCCCCCACGCCUUCACCACCAACAUCCAAAGCAUAGCACUUGGCUACAACGCCUUUAGUGGCCCCAUCCCGCCGCACCUUGCACUGCCCCAAAUCACUGCCCUGCAGCUGUCCAGCAAUGGGUUCACGGGCGGCAUUCCCAGCACCUUCACCCGCCUCACCGCCAUGAGUGUGCUGGACGCGGCCAACAACAGUCUGAGCGGGGGCCUGGACGUGGUGGCUCAGAUGACAUGGCUCACUGACAUAAGCCUCCACACCAACAACUUCUCCGGGGUGCUUCCAGCAGCCCUCUCUGGCAUCAAGGGGCUUGUCUUCAUAACCAUCGCCAACAACCACUUCACGGGAGAAUUUCCGCAGCCUCUUCUGCACACCCACCACCUUUCUUAUCUCGACACCACUCGCUGUGCUGCCACCACUCGCUGUGCUGCCCCCACUCGCUGUGCUGCCCCCACUCGCUGUGCUGCCACCACUCGCUGUGCUGCCACCACUCGCUGUGCUGCCACCACUCGCUGUGCUGCCACCACUCGCUGUGCUGCCACCACUCGCUGUGCUGCCCCCACUCGCUGUGCUGCCACCACUCGCUGUGCUGCCACCACUCGCUGUGCUGCCACCACUCGCUGUGCUGCCACCACUCGCUGUGCUGCCACCACUCGCUGUGCUGCCACCACUCGCUGUGCUGCCACCACUCGCUGUGCUGCCACCACUCGCUGUGCUGCCACCACUCGCUGUGCUGCCACCACUCGCUGUGCUGCCACCACUCGCUGUGCUGCCACCACUCGCUGUGCUGCCACCACUCGCUGUGCUGCCACCACUCGCUGUGCUGCCACCACUCGCUGUGCUGCCACCACUUUCUCUCCAUGCUCAUCGUCCCUGGAGUGGAGUUUGCCUACCUUUCGUUGCACCGUGUGCAGUAGCUUUGCAGGAAACGGCUUCACAGGCUCCUUGCCAGACUUCUCGCUGUGGAAGGGCAGCUUUGAAAAGCUGGAGCUGAGCAACAACAACUUCACAGGGCCCAUUCCUGACUCCAUCUCCACGCUCUCCACUCUGCAGGCCAUCAUCCUUGACAGCAACCAACUGACGGGGACCAUUCCAGCUGCCAUAUUCAACAUGACGAGUCUACAAUCCCUCUACCUGGCCAACAACCGUUUGAGCGGCAGUCUGCCGUCUGCCAUCAGUCGCUUGGAGAAGCUCCAACAGAUCUGGCUGGACAACAACAGCAUCGAGGGCCCUCUGCCAUCCGCCAUCUGCUCGCUGCCCUGGCUGUGGCGCAUCAUGGUGAGCAACAACCAUCUCUACGGGAGUCUGCCAGACUGUCUCUUCGACAAAUGCAUCAACCAGAUCGAUGUGAGCGGCAACAGCCUGUACGGGCGUGUGAGCCGCAACUUCAACAGCAUGGUAGCAGACGGCGAGGCCCUCAUCAACCUCGCACACAACUUCUUCUACGGAGACGCCGUGCUCUUUGCUGCGGGCUGCCAGGUGUGCCCCGAGGAGAUCACCCAGCGCAACCAGCUGCAGCUGGGCGACAGCAGCUUGGGGGUGGCAGGGAAGUGCAGCGACGCUGGCUUCUCUGGCCUGCGAGACUACUCGGUGGCGGGGGCAGGCAAGGGCGCCAGGGGGAGUCUCGCAGGCAACUGUCUGACCCUCAAUGGGGACGUCAAGUGCCCGUCCAACGCCACUCAGCGCAGCACGGCAGCCUGCCAGGCGUUCUGCAGCAUCACUGACAACGGCCCGUGUGACGGCCAUGGGGCGUGUGUGCCGCCUGCACCGGGCGCCCGCAGCAACUUCACGUGCGCGUGCGAUGGCGGGUACUCUCCAGUGGACGUGGGCAACGGCUCCACGUGCGCCAUCGUCAAUGCCACCACCACCAACUUGUCGUCGCUGUCAACAGGUGCCAUCGUGGGCAUUGCUGUGGGGUGCUUUGCCGGGUUCACUCUGCUCACUGCUGUGCUCGCCUGGCUACUGUGGCCCCAUGGACAGAGGAAGUGGAAGGGGCUGGACGUGUGCGAGCAGUUCUCACUGCAGCAGCUCGUGAAGGCCACGGACAACUGGGCGAGUGACAACGUGCUGGGGAAGGGCGGGUUUGGCAUCGUGUACAAGGGGUGCUCGCCGCAGGGGCAGCUGUGGGCAGUGAAGCGUUCCACUGUCAUGACCAACGACUUUGAGGCCGAGGUGCGCGCCAUGGCAUCGCUGCACCAUGUGAAUCUGGUGCGCCUGCUGGGCUUCUGCCAGGACCAGGACGUGGAGAUGGGCAAGCAGGAGCAGAUCCUCGUGUACGAGUUCGUGGGCAACCGAGACCUGCACCACCACAUCUACAAGACCAACAACCCUCUCUCGCUGCGCCAGAGGCUGCGCCUGGCGCAAGGAGCAGCGGAGGGCCUGGUGUACCUGCAUGGGUUUGCGACGCCCAUCAUCCACCGCGACAUCAAGCCCGCCAACAUCCUCGUGAUGGCCGAUAUGAGCGCCAAGGUCGCAGACUUUGGGCUGCUCAAGCUGCUCACUCAUGGCGACACUGAUGCCACCCGAGUGGCGGGCACGCCCGGCUAUGUGGAUCCAGACUACAACCGCUCUGGCGUCAUCACGGCCAAGAGCGAUGUCUUCAGCUUCGGCAUUGUGCUCCUGGAGUUGCUGAGUGGAACGCCACCCACCUUUCACCGUGUAACGCAUAUCAAGAUCUGGGCGCAGAAGAGGGUGGAUGCAUACGAGUUUGACGAGCUCAAGGACAGCAAGCUGCAGGCCAGUGACGAGGCCGUGGUGGACUUUGCUGACCUGGCGCUGGACUGCAUGAAGGCGCCCGGCACACGCCGCCCCGACAUGAAGGACGUGGCAUACCGCCUCCGUGCGCUCAUUGACAAGCACUGCCCUGACAAGGAGGGAGAGUGGGAGUCUGGUAGAGAAGAGAGUGCAAGCACCGGCUGUUAUAGUCACAAUAGGCUUGAAUGUGCCUAA